AUGUUUGCCCUAUUUUCCUGGGUUAUUAAAAAUACAAAAAAAAUCGAAUUUGCAAAUAAUUCAAGAACAACGGAUUAUUCAAAUAUUGAUAGUGAGGAGGAUGCGGAUGAAUCUGAUGGCGACGAAGAUGGUAAAAAUGAUAGUGGCAAUGAUAAAAAUAGUACUGAAUCAUUUUCAGAUGAAAACGAAGAAACUGACGAUGAAAAUAACAACAGCCAAAGAAGAAUUUAG